ACGUACUGUACUAAAUUAAAGCUCAAGAAGAACAGACGCUUUUCGCUCUGAUUGGUCAGUCUGGAGAAAGCCCCGCCCACACAUCGAGCCUAUUUAAACGCGCUUUCUGCCUGCGCUUCUUUAUAUGCUCAACACCUGCACACCGUGGGGGUCUACCAGCAGACUUUACUACCCACCAAUGGUUGUUCAAGUGAAACCACGCGUUCGCUACAGCAGCAAAACCAUGGAAGGCAACCAGCGGAAAGUGGAGGCCAACGUUUUGUUACUUGGAGCUGAGAACGUUGGAAAGUCUGCUCUCACCGUGCGCUUUCUAACCAGGCGGUUCAUAGGAGAAUAUGGAGAUAUCGAAUCAAUAUACAGCCAUACUGACAAGAUCGACGGCCGUGAUAUUUGUUUCAACAUAUGGGACUCACUUUGCCCGCAGAAUGGAGAGGAGUCGGGAUAUAUCAGCGACAGACAGCUGCAGUGGGCAGAUGGUUAUAUCCUUGUUUACAGCAUCUGUGACCACGCCAGCUUCAACGUGGUGCGGCAACAAGUGCAGUGCAUACGACAAGCCAAGCAAAAACUGGCCAGCACAGCUCAGAUCAUCAUUGUGGGGAAUAAGAGAGACCUCCAGCACAGACGUACAGUGUCCAGUGAAGAGGGCCGGCUGCUGGCGCUCUCGGCGGACUGUGGGUUUUUCGAGGUCUCCGCUGCCGAGACGUACCACGGUGUGCUGAUGGUGUUUCACGAACUGUUUGAGCUCAUCCGAGAGGCCAGGGCGCUCAAGAAGGGCCCUGCAGGGUUCAAAGGAAUCGUGAGGAGCAUGUCGGCAGUAUUUGGAAGGAAGCGGACUGAAUAGUUUCCCCUUAAAGCGGUGGAAGAAUCAGGGUUAAGCCCUUUAUGGAAUCCAUAUUGGAACAAAGACUGACUAUUAAUCUCAACUGGAUUUUUGCAAGUUGACAGUCUUGGGGCCAUUCACAAAGUUCAGUCUGUGCUGUUUUUAUUUGCUGGACAGACAUCUUUGGCUAUUGCAUCGCUGUUUUUUUAGCAUCUCACACCAUAUGCAUCACUAUUAAGUCGCCUGUCAAGUUAAAAGUGGUUCAUCUUUUCAUCUUUUCAUCUUCCAGUUCCAGUUCCAUUUUUCAUUCUGUUUUGGAAUGCAGAAACAUGUUCUGUGUGAACGGCCCCUAAUUCCUGAAUGUUCUAAGAAUGUUCAAAUUAGAUUUAAGUAUACAAACAAUACUGUCUCAUUGCUCACUGUUUCAAUAUAUUAUAAACUGUCAGUUCUUUCUUUGUACUACUAUCAGUUUUACUGUAGCUAAUAAGUGCAAUUGGUGGCUCAAUCCUUCUUAAUCCCUAUGCAAUUAAAUGAGACCGAUUCUAAAAUGUGGCCUCUAACAUGCGAUAUAUGAAUAUUGUAAUCAUGUAGCAUUUCUUUGUUAAAAUGUUCAUAUUUACAUUUUCUUGCCCUAAGUUGUCCGUGCUUUAGGGUCCUAUAAAAUGCUACAGUCAUAAAUUGAAGUGAUGUGGUAGAAUGUUGCAUUUCAAAAUGACGCCCACUUUUGCCUCUGUUGAUCGUUAAAUUUGCUAACUAUAAUGUGUUUUUUAAGUUCU